AUGAAACGAAAGUAUAAACAAAUUUUGCUUAAGUUUUGUUUUAUAGUGAUUUUUGUAAUUAUCGGGAUAAGUGUUUUAAUACGGUUCACACUUAUAAUUCAUAAAUUCUCAAAAGAGAAAAGAUAUGUGGUAACAACUACACCGAUUAUAGUGAGUACGCCUGGUAAACAACACGAACUUACGGAGAAACACACGCCGGGUUUGAAACAUCCGAUUGUUAACAACAUAUAUAAUAUUUCGGAGAGUGCAAAAAGUGACAAGAUUCAACAGCUGCCACAAGAGAUUUUGAGCAGAUUCCUGCAACUACCAAACGAUACAUAUGUAUAUAAAAUAUGUAUCUUGUCGCCGGUACGUAACGCAGCAACGUCACUAACACGAUUCGGGGUACAAGUCGGGAAGUUGAGUUAUCCUCAUCACUUAAUCUCUUUGUACUUUGGCGAGGAUGGAAGCACGGAUGACACAUUUGAAGAAGCGAAUAGAACUGCAUACAAUCUUCGAAAGUUGAAAAAGUUUAAUUCAGCGGAUGCUGUUAAAUUGAACAUUUCUGGAGGUUUCCAAGGAAAACAUAGAACGCGACACGAGCAAUAUGUCCAGGAACACAGGAGAACACACAUGGCUCUAGCUAGAAAUCGUCUGUUUCGAUUUGCUCUGCGUCAGAAAAAAAUUGAUUAUGUUCUAUGGAUUGACAGUGACAUUGCCGAACUUCCGGUUGACCUAAUUCAACAGAUGCUGUUCGCGAAAUCAGAUGUCGUUGCUACAUGUUGCUUAAUGAGAAGAAGGGGCUAUAAAAUGAAUUAUGAUCGGAAUUCUUGGAGAGAAACAAACGCUUCCAAGAAGUAUCAAUCGCAACUCGAACCAGACGCUUUAGUAUUAGAAGGUUACAGUAAGACGCUCAGAAUUUAUCUUCCGGAUCUCAAAAGUGAAGGUCGAAUAGUGGAAUUAGACGGUGUCGGUGGAUGCGCACUUAUGAUAAAAGCAGACUGUCACCGAAGCGGUUUACACUUUCCGGAAGUUGUGUAUAAACAUCACAUUGAAACUGAAGGACUAGCAAAACUGGCACAUGAUAUGGGAUAUAAUGUCGUGGGUCUUCCUUUUGUUGAAGUGUUUCACGUGUAAAGUAUGAAUUGAAGUUGAUGUGAUUUUUUUUUUUGUACGAUAUUGAAUAACGUAGCGUGAUGUAAAUACUUUAUCUUUUAACAGGUUUCUAAUGAAAUAUGGCCUUGACAUUUGUAUAUUUGUAAGGAUGUAAUUGUGUGUUUAUUUAUUUUCUACCUGUAAAUUGAUGCGCGUGUGCCUCGUUUAUUUGUGAUCAAUGUAACAAAACACCGUCCAAAGUUUAUGUUUUCCCAUUGCAUAUCAUGUAUUGUGAAAAGAUUGGGAAGGUUUUGUAUAAUAUUUUAGCAUCAGAAAAAGAAUUCACACAAAGUGGGGUAUAAGGACAUGGAUUUGAAACAAAGUUUUGAAAGGCGUUUAUUUAAAUAAAAUAUAGAUCAUUUUGAUUUCUUUAAAUCAAGUAAUAAUUUUGUUUCUUUACACCAAGUAAUAAUUUUGAAAGGAAUGUUCCUUUGGUGGACACCUUUCAAAAUAGUUCAAACGUAUUUAAUUCCAUGCAGAACUAUAUUCAGGUGAGCGACUUUUGGGCCACCAUGGCCCUCUUGUUUUUAUAUACUAUACUAUUCAUUUAUAAAUACUUAUAUUUGUUGUGUUUAUUUUACCUAGAAAACUAAGUGUUAUUAUAUUAACUACUUCAUAUUUUAUCAUUUUUCUUGUGUUUAUUUUACCUAGAAAACUAAGUGUUAUUAUGUUAACUACCUCAUAUUUUUUCAUUUUCAAAAUUAAUUUUAAUCGUCAUGUGGUACCAGUCAUAUAAAAGCAUUGCUUCAACUGAAAUCAUAGUUUUUGUCAACUGUACCCUGGUACCACAAAUUUUCUGUUGCUUGGUUAUCUAAAAAUUUACAAUAUUAUGUCUUUAUAUCUUAAUAUUCUACAACCUUUAGAAAUCCAUAUUCUUCAUUGAUUUUUUAUAUUGUUUGUGUAUAUUAUUCACUUGAUGUUUAUUCUCGUAAGUUUGUUACAUGUAUCUGUACUUAGCCUGCAUGCCUAUAUAUUUUCUAGUCAGAUCUAUCUUAGUUACAUUUUUGUAUUGCAUAGUUUAGAUAACACUAAACUUUAUCAAGAUUGAUGUCUGAUUACUUUUAUAAAAUGUUCAAUAUUUUUUCAUUUUACAGUUACUUUUAUAUAUUUUAUAUUUAUGUAUUCAUCUAGUCAACUAUAUAUACAUCUAGUCAUGACUGCUAUUUUAAUGUCAUACCUGUAGCUAAUUUAGUUCAUCGAUUGUUUGAUGAUCAAAUUACAUUCCUAGGUAAAAAUGUUGAAUCAUUACACUCCUAAGUACAAUGUGAAAUAUUAUUAGUGUUCAGUUUAUUUCAUGCACCUUAAAUUUGACAUCUUAUUUUCAAGAUAUUGCCUUUGAGAUUAAUAUUAACCUUGAUUCCUGGGUGGUCACUUGCUUUACAAAAAAUUCUGUAUCAAGAAAAUACAUUAAAAACCUCUUGUCAGAAAUCCAAAAACCUGGAGCUUAAUUAUUUCAUAUCAAGUAUCUCUUAGAGUAGUUGAUAUAUAUAUAUAUCAAUUUGUUCAAAUUAUCGCACUUUUGUCAAUAUUUGCCUGACAUGAAGGGUCACUUAUUUUUUCAUUUCACUUGUAAACCUGUACGAACUUGGACAAUGGCUCGUUUUUAUUUUGAGCUGCAUUAAUAAAGUAUCGACCAUGUGCAGUUUCAAUAGUAGAACUUAACUGUGAUAUCACUAUUUUGUAAUAACACUCAGAUAUCAAAUAUCUUUGUAGCACAUGUUAACAAUCAUAACUCUUUUGUUCUUGCUUUAUUUUCACCCUUUUGUUCUUGCUGUAUUUUCCUGUUAUUUAGUGUCAAUAGUGCCUUGUUUAAAAAAUAAAUUCUACAAAU